AGGGCGAUGUCACAUGGACGUGCGGUGAGCUGAGUUGUAGUUCAUAGGUAAUGCAAGUGUUUUGCGCUCUCUCAUGAUCCUGGACCGAACAUGACUUCAGCUACAGACCCCUGCUCAUUUUCCUCAUUUUCCAAGUGCGUUACCAAGCACCUGAAUCUCACCUUCCAUGUGGAUUUUGACAGCCAUGUACUCAAAGCUAAGGUCGCGCUCACGGUGGAGGUUUUAGUGGAUCAUUUCACGUCUUUGACCCUUGACACGAAGGACCUGAAGGUCUCCAAGGUAACAGCCAAUGGACAGGCAGCAAAGUUCACUCUGGGACCCAAGCACAGGUUCAUGGGAACCCCUCUGGAGAUCACACUGCCAUUUGACCUCUCCAGGGGUCAGCAUGUGAUCGUGGAGGUGACUUAUGAGACUGCUUCUAGUGCUUCUGCGCUGCAGUGGCUCACUCCUGAACAGACUGCUGGGAAGAAACACCCCUACCUCUUCAGCCAGUGCCAGGCCACCCAUUGCAGGAGCAUGGUACCCUGCCAGGAUACUCCCGCUAUGAAACACACCUACUAUGCCCAGGUGUCUGUCCCCAAGGAGCUGGUGGCUGUGAUGAGUGCUGUACGGGACGGAGAGGAGCCUGAUCCCCAGGACAGCAGCCGUGUCAUCUACCACUUCAGACAACCAGUGCCCAUGCCCUCUUACCUCAUUGCCAUCGUGGUGGGAGCUCUGGAGAGCAGAGAGAUUGGGCCCAGGUCUCGUGUUUGGUCAGAGAAGGAGUUUGUGGACAAGGCAGCAUAUGAGUUCUCAGAGACAGAGACCAUGUUGAAGACAGCUGAGGGCCUUGCAGGGCCAUAUGUUUGGGGCCAGUAUGACAUCCUGGUCCUGCCCCCCUCAUUCCCAUAUGGAGGCAUGGAGAACCCCUGCCUUACCUUUGCCACCCCCACGCUGCUGGCUGGAGACAGAUCCUUGUCCAAUGUCAUAGCCCAUGAGAUCUCUCACAGCUGGACUGGCAACCUGGUGACCAACAAGACCUGGGAGCACUUCUGGUUGAACGAGGGUCACACGGUGUACCUUGAGAGAAUGAUUGGCAGGUCUUUGGAGAGUGAACAGUUCAGACAGUUCAAGGCCAUGGGCGGCUGGAAGGACCUGCAGGAAUCGGUGAACACGUUUGGGGCCAACAACCCUCUGACCAACCUGGUUCCCAACCUGAAUGAGGUGGACCUUGACGAAGCCUUCUCCUCUGUCCCCUACGAGAAGGGUUUCGCUCUUCUCUACCACUUGGAGGAGCUCAUGGGAGGACCUGAGGUGUUUAUGGAUUUUGUUAAGUCGUACAUCCAGCUGUUUGCUUACAGCAGCGUCACUACCGAGGAGUGGAAGCACUACCUCUUCACCUAUUUUAAGAACAAGGUGGACAUCCUGAAUAAGGUGGACUGGAACGCCUGGAUGCACACCCCUGGGAUGCCCCCCGUCAAACCACAAUAUGACAGCACCAUGGCAGACGCCUGCAUCGCGCUGUGUAAGAGAUGGGUGAAGACCAAAGAGGGGGAUCUGGGGAAUUUCAUUGAGGUGGAUGUGAAGACUCUCUCCACCCACCAGCUCAUAGAGUUCCUGUCUCUGCUCCUGCAAGAGGAGCCCCUCCCCCUCAGCCAUGUGAAGAGGAUGCAGGAAGUGUACCAACUCAACGCCUUCAACAACGCAGAGAUCCGCUUCAGGUGGCUGCGGCUGUGUGUCAAGUCCAAGUGGGAGGAUGCCGUUCCCAUGGCACUGAAGAUGGCGACAGAGCAGGGGAGGAUGAAGUUCACACGGCCACUAUUCAAAGAAGUGUAUAACUUUGAUAAGUAUCAUGAGGAGGCGGUGCGUGUGUUCAUAGCCCACCGGGCAGCCAUGCACCCGGUAACGGCCAAUCUGGUGGCCAAGGACCUGAAGGUGGACGCCGACAAGAGCACCUGAUUCUAAUUGGAAUCCCACCAGAGGCACUCCAAGACUGGCAUUAUUACCGGGGGACACCCCACCCCGUUGACGAAAACGACCAGAGAAAGCUAGAGAGAAGCUUCCAGCCGCACCCCCACUUUUUAUAACGGUCUCUACUUUGCUUGGCAGCUAUUCAGAAUUGGCUUGUUUCUGUUUUGUUUUACAUUAAGGUUUGUGAUAUGUCGAGCAUAUUCUCGACAAUUCUGAAUUUUUGAAUUUAAUUUAAUUUGAAUUGGCCACACCCCACAGGAAGCAGAACUCGAAUUGAAGUUAGUCAAAUUUAAUUUAAACCAAUUAAGACAUGAAAGUCUAUUAAUUUGACAAAUCUUUUAUAAAAAGCAUAUGCCACUUAAUGCAAAGAAUACACAUACCAUUUCAAAUAUUAUGGCUCUAUUCAAUCAGAUCUGCUUUAGCAGACAUCAGCAUAGCUUUUGUUUUGACAACGGAGGUGGAAUUGUUAGAUCUGUCAACUCUACAAGUGACUCCUGGCAUUAUAUCCUAAAGCAGACAUUGUCAUUGGCUGCACGGCAUUGCAUUAACAGAAAUCCCAUGGAGCCUUGUUUACAAGUUGAACACUGGAAUGUGAAAUGUAAUCUACACCACGAUUAGGAUGAUAGAAAUCCUCAUUAUUUUGUUGAAUGAUUUUUCAAUUUGAGCAAAAUUAUUUCUAUAUAGCCUACACUUUCUUGCUCGGAAUUUCUAAUGCAAGUAAUACUAUCGCAGGUUAACACUUGAUCUGAUUGAAUAUACGCUUUAGUUUGAUUAUAACUCAAACCAGUAUUUUUCUCUGUCAUUAUAUGUUAGCUUAUUCCCUUUCAUACAUUUCCCAGAAGUUAUUAGAUCAAACAAUUGUAUUUGGAUAUUUAAAAACAUGAAGGGAAUUAUUAUAGACAACCCACAACAUGAUCUUAGAGUAUUUCAGACCACUGUAAUUAUUUAAAAAUGUUUUAAAAGAGAAUGAGUUCUUUUUUUUUAAAUGAAAUGUUUCCUUAUGGUAUUGGUAACCAUACAUGACCAUACAAACAUUUCUAUCGUAAUUUGUAGAAUUUGCAACUCAAUUCAGAAUUGACUUCAACCCAGACGUCGAGGUAUUUAUCUCAGGGCAGAAAAGUUAUAAAUAUAUAUAUAUAUUUAUUUUUUGGGAAACUCAUUUUAGAACAGUUAAAUCUUGUCCAGAAUGCAAAUACAGAACCUGUGUGAAUUAGUUGCAAUUAUCUCAUGCUUUCUUUGACGCCAUUAAACACCAUUAUCAGAGAUUA